AUUUAAUGUGAUACACUUUUUUUGUGAAACCAUCAACUCAUUGCUGUACAUACACGAAUAAUAAUCCGGUUUGAAAAGAGGCGGCAGGCUGGAUUUUAUCCGCUCAUCUCGAACGCCCCAUCUUGGCGACAUGAGCUUAGUUAGAAUCACCAGCCCACCCUUCGCUUUAUACAUGAGAUACCAAAUAUUUAUUUAACUUAAUAUUUGUGCCCAGAUAGUGAGAGAGUACAUUUGUGACAAACAACAUAUUAAUAGGUUGUGUGUCUUAGGUGUGUUUUAAAUGCCAAUGAUAUUAGUACUGGAUUUUAUGGAAUCCCCUUACGUUUUUUACUCCAUGAAAGGAAAUGCAUCAAAUUGCACGCGAUUGAGACAGCACCAGUACAGUAAUAAGUGGGUUUUUUUGUAAGUACAUUUAGUGCCAGGAAGAACCUGUGUAUACUCUCCGGUUCUUUCGGUAAAGUCGCGUAGUUAGAUAUAAAAUAAAACAAAUCGCCUGUGUAUAGGUGUGUGGUUUUUUCCAGGUUGGGAAAACUAUUAUAAUGCAAACAUAAAUGCAGUAGUUAUUGCCAAAAAAAUAUUAGUCUUCAGAUCUGUGCAUUCAUAAGCCAUGGGGUUCAAAGGAAUUUGUUUUAAUUAUAGUAGUUUGUAAAAAUCUAUGUAUUAUGCAAAAACAUUUUCUGGAAAGUUUCUGUGGAACCAACCAAUACCAUUACCUUCUGAACAUGAGACAUUCUGGGUCCAUUGAGACCAUAUGGUCAAUAUUUGUGUGGAAUUGGGCACACAAGCACAUGAAUGUUGUGAACUUGUAUGUGAGUAUUAAUGUGUAUUGCUUAUUGACACCUUCACAGAAACACCACUCCUCACCACUGACGUAAAAUUAGUUUUGGGAUGUUCAUUAAGUUCUCGUUUUCAAGACUUAUACUUUAAAAAAUUACAGCCAAGCAUAUAGGUAACGCAUCUAAUUUUGGCUUUACUCCAAGUCCCUUGGAACAGAAUCGCAUGUUGAUUCAAGUAAAGAUACAGAGAUCCUCUAUUCUUUACCCAUCUCUACUCUCUAUCUGACAGUAAUAUUCCGACUGCUGCAUCCCCUCGCUGCUCCAAACCAACGAAAUUUUCCAUGAAAGGGAGGGAAUUCAAAAUAAAUUUUGGGUUUGCCAGAUGCAGGCUUUCAAACUUAAGUCUGAAGCCCUUCAUUUUGAAAAAAAACCUUUAAAAGGACUCUCAGGGACAUCACCGAGUGAUGUCACUGUAAUGUAUAUCAGAAUAUAAAUUUAUGCUGGAGGAAUCUGAUGAGCUAUAAAGCUCUGUUUCACAGAUGUCCAGUAUAUGAUAUACAUUAUAAUGCAUACCGUAAAACAACAUAGUUGUGAAAAGAGACUACCUAAAUUAAGUACAAAUAAAAGCUUGAAAACAUUAGCCAAGUAUGGAGAGAAAAAAUAACAGGUAGUGAGAAAUCAAUAAAACAAAGAAGCGAUAGACCAACACUAUAUACAUGGAGAUUAUAAUAAAUCAUGAAGAAAUAAACAAGUACUGCAGAUAGUAACAGCGACAACAUAAUGAUCGGGUAGCGAGUCAGAGGCAAAAGUAAUACAAGUAUAUACAACAACAAAGUAUGGAGAGAAAGCAACUAAAUUUGAUCAAUAGAGCAAAAUACAAUAAUUUGACAUGAUAUGAGUGGGUCAUGGAAUUGUUGGAAUCACUUGUAAUUUCUGGGAUAUUGUAAAAGCUUGCCAUCUAGUGGCUGAGCAGCUGUUGAGGCUCUGACGCCACCAGGCCACUCUCCAGACAGCGUGUGCCGAGUCCCAAUGUGCUCUCACCGAGUCACACUGUGGCAACGAUAACUGACCAAACCACGAGAAUUCCAUUUGAAAUCAAUGGUGAUUCUACGUAAGAUUCCUCGAUUGUUGGAAUUAUUUAUUUUACAGGAUUGUUCAAUAGAAUCUUCAUUAAUUUCAAUGGAGACUUCUGAAUCUCCAUUAUAACUCAGAUGGUCGUGGGAAUGUCAGUGUUGACGUGACAUGGCAAGGUUCAGCUAUUGCCCAUACAAAUACUGGCAAUUCCAAAGAUCACAUGACUGAUUAGAAAUUGUAAUUCCUGCAGGAAUCUCCUAGAGUAGGAUCGUGGAAUUGUAAUGUGAUUCCUGCAGUUCAUAUUGUUUUAUGAUGUACUGUACAGGCAUGUGUGUUGCCAGAGCUGAAUAGUCAUAAGCAAAUGAUAAGCAGAAAUUCUUAACACAUCGCAGAUAAGAGGAAUAAUGAAAAAAAACAAAUGUGUCCAUAUUGGAUUAAUAUAUUCAAGUAUUAGGUAUUUGUACACUGUUUAUCUAAUGUAAUACAAAAAUUGCACCAAUAACAUUUUACAUGUGUUUAUCUUAAAAAAAAGUGGAACCCACAAUGGUGUAAGGCAACUGGUGGGUUGGGUGAGACUGGCCUUACUCAGUCUUUACACUAUAACAAUAGGUUUUACCCUUUCUGGCAAUAAAACAGGUGUGAAGAUGUUAAAACACCAAACAUAAUCCUUAUUCAAGCAAUCCUGUCUGCAUUAACCACACGUACUUGUGAACAUGCAAACAAAAAAAUAUGCUCUGAUCUAACCUAUAUAUUGUCUUUGAAAGUGAUUGGUCCACACCAGAGACAACUUUCUUUUGAGCCUAGUCUCAAAGUUUUAGACCAGAGAAUGCCUAUUGUUAUAUUUUAAUACUGCCAAGAAGGGUCCCAGUCUUAACACUGUCUAAAUGUAAUAUUUCCCUUUUUGACACUUAAGCCAUAAUUCACGUGUGAAUGACCAAUAUAAUUGAUGUAAACAAGUUGAUUGGUUGAGAUGUUUGUGCAGUGGGCAGUUCCAGAUUUACCUUCCUGGAGAGACAGGAGUGGUAACGCUGGGUUAGGAUGUCGUCGGGGGAGGAGAGCUGUCGGCAGUCACCUGUUAUACCUGGAGAGAGUGACCGAGGAAGCUCCGUCUCGUCCGACUUGCAGGAAGAGUACGAGGAGCUGUUGAGGCACGCUGUGGUGAUGCCCAAGUGGGACGCCACCAGACCCCUUCCCAGGCAGCGCGUGUCGAGUCGUACUGUGGCCACUCUCACCGAGGACCAAGCCACACCAGCACUGGCUAUGGAAGAAACAACGCAAGGCAGACAGCAGCAUACAUCGUCCACCUCCGAAAACACAGCAGCAGGCAAUGACAAUGUUUCUUCAUCCGUCAUCCGACAAGAGCAUCGAGAGAAUGGCUCUGAGCCACGAGAGUCUGCACCCGUGCCCGUUCCUCUGGCGAGUCAACUGCUUCUCCAGACCCUCGGCAGGGUCUCUCCAGAGUCGGAGACAGGAGGGCUCACACUGCUUGGUCAAGAAUCCCACUUAAACCAAGAUGAAGUUAGAACCCAGCCACUCCUCCCAGCUGACAAAUUGGAAAGAGUUGGGGAUAUACUGGACACUUGGUAUUCUAACCUCAAGAGAAAUGUUCUGAUGGAGCUGGGUCAGUGGAUGCAGUCCAUGCAGCAGGAAUACAAGAAAGAGUGUCAGGAAGAGCAGGAGAGGCAUGCGGCUGAAGUCGGUCAGUUACAUGCCCAGUUGGGUGACCUACGCCAACUGCUGCACACCUUUGACAAAUCUGUCAAAUGCAAGGACCAGGUGAUCUCAAACCUGACAAACGGACUGCAGAAGGAAAAGGAGAAAAUGGAGAAACUGCGGGCGUUUACCCACUGGAGGCUUCGAUAUGCAGAUGAACAGCAAGAGGUGUUUUGUAGCCGCCUGGCAAGGCAGCACUAUCGCCGAGCGCUGACAAAGAAAGUGUGGGCCGCCUGGCACUCGCUCGUGGAGAUACGCUGGCAGCAGCGUGUGGAGCGCGCAUGCCAGGCCCGUGCACAGGAAGUUUGCAUCCAAGUGGGCAAUGACUACGAAGCCCGCAUCAUCGCGUUGAACGAGGCCUUGGAGGAAGCUCAGGGCAAGAUGGAGCAACUGCAGGGAGAGCGGGAGCACUACAACGAGGCGAUGAAAAAGGCAUUCAUGCGUGGCGUGUGUGCUCUCAACUUGGAGGCCAUGAGCAUGUUCCAGGACAACGAGCGCAGAUUAGAGGCUGGUGUGCAUACAGCACCACACUUUGGACCACCUGAUAGCGGGAGUGCUGGGGGUGGUGGACCCUCAGAUGUUCAAUUCUCUCAACAAACCGACUUCUCUGAGGGUGGAGGUGCAGGUUUGGCUGAGAACAGCUGUGGCCGGGAACAAAUGGUGUCUUUACCACUUGCUGCUGGUGGCUCGGUCACUUGCCCAAUGCACGCUACGCUGCUCACAGAAUUAAGUGCACCACAAAGUCAUGGAACCGCAACCCUCGGAGCCCCACUUCUUGAUCACGCGUCGGUGCGAGCGUCUUCUGAAAAAAAUCCACCAGCACGAGUCGUUGGUGGUGCUCAGCAGAAGGCAGGGCGUUCUGCGUCAGCAAGGCCUCCAUCGUUUCCGGGCGAGCGGCUUGGGCGUGCAAGCAGGACGGCAGUGGAGCCUGCUGCAAGAUUUGGCCGGGGCAUGGUGGGGCUGGCACCGCCAAUGAGCACAGUUGUGGUUGAACGGCACCACCCGGUCACAAAGCAAACGGUAGGGCACGCCACGGCCGUGCGACACCCACGUUCCGCUUCGGUGCCAGUCGGAGCCGGUGCUUCAGACGGUAAAGCGCCGGGGGGGUCCAGCGCAAAGGGUGGCGGCAGCGGCGGUAGCGGUAGCGGGGGGGCCCUUUUGUCUUCAGGCGGGCACACCAUCAGGGUGGUGGAUUAACAGUGGCGUGUGUGCAGCUUGCGCUCCCCAUCAAUUACAACACAUCGUACAUGGAGCAAUAACUGUUCAGGUCUUAAAUUUAUAGUCUGCACUUGUCAAGUUUUCCGUUUCAUGGUUGAUUUUCUAUGUUUUUUUUAAAUCGUGGUUUUUCCUGUAUUUAAUUCCGAGAUUUUACCAUUUCUUGCUCACUUUUAUAGUAGAACAACAAAUGUAAUGACCAUGCCAGCUUGUAAUGUGUAAGAUUGUGACGUAAACUUUUACAAAGCGGUCAUGUUAAAGUUAAAUACUUAAGAUUUUACGUAACAUUUGACAUUUUAAAUGUGAAAUCUGACAUGUUUCAGUGAUUGUGCCGUUUUUAUUUAAUUCAUUUACAGUACUCAGUCCUUUUGAUGGAAUGAAUUCUGUUUAAGAGCAUAAUGUAAUUGUUUUUUAUAAAACAAAAUUAUUAUUUCAAAUGCAUUUGCAUAUUUUCCAUAUUCAAAGGUAAGAUGAAAUAUUUUAAUUUCUGUGAUACUUUUCUUUCAAAUGCACAAAUUAUCCACAUUAUUUUUUAAAUAACCAUGUAAAUAUAACUGUUAAUCCAGGUUAACCUUUUCUAGUUUAAAUAAAUUUAACUUGUAACAUUGAUCAUUAUCUUUAUCACAAAAAAUUAUGUGGAAGCAUGAACUGUAAAACAUUUUAAGGCACUUAUACCAAUAUGGCAAAAAAGUGAUGAGGCAACUGUAUUUGGACUUGUUACUCCAGUUAUGUGAUACUUCAAUAUUUUAUCACAAAAUGUAUACUUCCACAACUUUGUUUUUGUCAUUUUCCCCCAUGUGUAUCCUGAUUGUGCUAUCACAACAUAUUGGUAGACAGUAUAAAUCUCCAUCCCUCCCAGAGCAGUAAAAUUUCUAGUAUUGCCGAACAGUCCACGGAAGUGGAUAUCACAGCUCGACUUCGGAAAUAAUUUCAAGUGAUCUCUGGUCCACAGCCAGUAGAGGGCAGCACUUCUCACUUGCACUGCAUAUGAAAGCAAGGUUUGUUACAUGUCGCUCAUACCUUAUUUGAAUUCAAGGCUGGAUUUUUGCCAAAUGAAGUACAUGACCAAUUUUAAUGUGAUAGCCUUUUGUGCAGUCAUUAGUGACUGGGAUAAGAUAAUCAACUCGCUACACUUGAACCAAUUUAAUCACAGGCAACUCUCUGGAUUUGUCCAGAACCUCAGCAUUCGUAGCUCAGCACUGACAUCUUAGCCACUCCACCACCUCUGCACUUAUCACAUUUUAAUGGAAGUAAAAAACUUUAAUCGGUUAACCCACUUGGGCACAAUAAAUAUUUUCACGUUUAACAUGAUCCCUGUAUUAAACUGAUCGACAUUACCAUAGAGUUAGUGUCCAUUCCAAUAAGUUUAUACUUAUUUGUCUUGUAACUUACUCAGGCUGCUCUCUUGAGUACUAUGCUAUUAAUCCCAGAAUGCUUGUCACCCUAUAUAUUUUUCUGUGUGUCCCAAAGUGUGUUUAUAUUGACUGGAAAUUACUUUUAAUAAAGUUUUUUGAAAGCU